AUGCUAACAGACAAUAUCAGGAAACUGUUCGCAAAGCACCCGAAUGCACAGGCUAGCUAUGAACCCCUGGGGGCUUUCAAGGACCUCAUAAGCGCCGAUCUGGACUUGCAAGUGUCGACUGCCCUGAGUCAAUUCAAAGCACUAGUGGCCAUAGCACAGAAAACAUGGGCUAGCACAGCCAUGAAAAAACUCUAUACUGCUGUAGUCAUCAAAGAGAACCAGGAUGCAAUUGCUGAUUUUAUCCACAACGUGGCCACGUACAUCAGCUAUGAUAAGACAGGGAUGCUGGCGUAA